UUAGACGAUCUUUGGUCGUGACGUUUCACUCCACUUGGAUUUUUUAUUUUUUUAGCUAGCUAGCGUUACUUCAACGCUAGAACCUCUAAACCGCGACCGACCAGCGGGACGACAUGCUAGUCACAUCACACGUGGCGAACGGUGAAAGUUGCCGUUUCAUUUCCUCCCGCGGAUCAACCGAGGAAAGUAUGAGAACUCCGAUCCCCUCCGCGACCCGACACCUCGGCGUGAGCCGGGUCUCGUCCUGAAGCCCCACAUUCCCACGCCCAGUUGAAGAGGAAAGAGGAAACUCCGUUUCUGGCUCGAGUGGGAAUCGCUUUGCCUCACCUUACCGUGCCUGUCGGUCCGAGCCUCGUGUGAAGGCUCGCCGCCCCCCCCCCGCGUACCGCUGUCACUGCAUCUGUGGCGGCAGUUAUGUUUACUGUCAGUCGGGACUUCUCAAGAACUGGUAAUCUAUCUGUAGUGACCAACGGCAAAUAUUCCACUUUAUUCCACUGGAGCUAGCUGACGUUUUUACAAAAAGGUCAUUCCUUCAGAAGAACCAGAGGUGAGCUGCCAGGAGGAGCAGUGUGGCGGGGGGUUGGGGGAGGGGGGUUCGUUUAGGGAAGAGAACCUUCCUCCACCUCAGCCGUGACUGUUACUGCUAUACUGCCUAUUGAUCUCCGCGUUUGCCCUUCGGAGAUACCCACAGGCCUCGUUGAGCGGUUUGCCAUGCCCACCAACCAGUCCUCCCCCUGGGACGGGGCCAAGCUCCGGGCUCGCUGCAACGCCGAUAGUCCCCCCGCUGCGAUCUGUGUCGGCACGCACGCCGCCGAGACGGUCGUGGCCAUGAAAGUGCCUUUCGGUCAGACGUCUCUCGAGCCGGCCGGGAGAAAGGACCGAGCCAAACCUGUCGUCUCGUCCGCUUCCCCCUCGAGGCGGCCGAAGACGGCUGCGUUAACCAACGCCCACAGCCAAUUCACCGCAGUGCCAGACGGGUCUCCAAACUCGCCACGGCAGCUCAACGGGACUCCAAACCCGCACCGGGUGCCGAAGCCGGCCGGCGGCCGCCUCACAGAACCCCGUGCCCCUUCUUCCACCCCGAAGAAGAAACGUCCCGUUGGGUUUAAUGUCCAGCAGCGACGCACGCCGCAACCGGGAAGCGGCGUGGCGACGAGCGGACGUCCGGCGACCACAGGGGGCGCGCCGCUUCUUUCUUCUGUUUGCCACCGGGACCCGAUCAUCAUCAUCGACGGGCAAACCAACAAGUCGAUGCCCGAAGCUGCAGACCGUUCCUCCUCGCCAUCGGUGCCUCCUCUGUGCCUUACCGUCUGCGACCACCAGGGGGCGGCAUCGAGAAAGGACUCCUCCGACGAGACUAGAAGAAGCACAACGACGACGGCAACAAGGAGGAGCCAAUCAGCCAAAGCGCCGAAAUGCAGCCGGGAACGCGACGGUCGCACAACGACGACCGCUCCAAACAACCCGCCGGUGGGAAGAGGGGUUCCCCCGGCGACGACAAACGGCCACGCCCGAACCUCGGCAUCCCCGGACCCGGGAAGUCGGCGUCCACCGGGAAGCACCGCGGCGUCCGCGUGCAGAGGAAUCAGUCUCCCAGACGCCAGUCCAUCUCCAAAUGUCCCCACGCCAACUUUGCUCAGUGCCAACGUCAGUGCCACACCGCAGGGUGCCGUCACAGCCGUGACCUCCGUGACCUCUCAGAUCUCCGCCAUCUACCUAACCAGCCAGGGACCGCCGGCCUCCUCGUCGUCUCCGGUCUCUUCCUCACCGUCGCCGACAGAGGACGGCCUGGUUGGAGAGACCCGGCUGUCUGGCCAAGAUUGUGUCCUGCAGGUGGACGGAGUUGAGGAGGAGCUGCCCGGUGAGCUGGAAAAUGCAUGUAGUGAUGACGAUGAUUCCGACUGUUCGUCCAUCAACGGCUCGUCAUCCACAGCCUCCAUCACGCCCCUUUCUGGCGUCGAGGAGACGAUGUCUUUGGGGGCCGAAGACGAGCGAGAGGAGAGGCCGGCGUUGGUUCCCAGCUUGUUCGCCUCCAUCGCUCCAACGCUCUACUUCAGCACCGCCGAUGAGAAAGUGGAGCUGCUGCCAGCGGACCAGAGACGACUCCUCAGGUGGAAGAUCAGCACCGUCACCCCGAACAUCGUCAAGCACACCAUCGGCAGGUCGCACUUCAAAGUCACCAAGAAAAGCCACGACUGGUUGGGCUGCUGGGGACACCACAUGAAGUCUCCUUGCUUCAAGGCCCUCGGAGAGCACCAGAAGUUGAACCACUUCCCGGGAACAUUCCAGAUCGGCAGGAAGGACCGGCUGUGGAGGAACCUGUCCAAGAUGCAGCUCUGCUUCGGCAAACGGGAGUUCGGCUUCUUCCCGCGCACCUUCGUCCUGCCUCAGGACAUCAAGCUGCUCCGCAAGGCCUGGGAGGACGGGGGCUCCCGGCAGAAAUGGAUCAUCAAACCGCCCGCGUCAGCCAGAGGAAUCGGUAUCCAGGUCAUCCACAAAUGGGGCCAGAUGCCCCGCAAGAGACCGCUGCUGGUCCAGAAGUACCUCCACAAGCCCUACCUCAUCAGCGGCAACAAGUUCGACCUGCGGAUCUACGUCUACGUGACCUGCUACGACCCGCUCAGGAUCUACAUCUUCUCCGACGGGCUGGUUCGCUUCGCCAGCUGCAAGUAUUCAUCUUCCAUGAAGACUCUGGGCAACAAGUUCAUGCACCUGACCAACUACAGCGUCAACAAGAAGAACUCUGAGUACCAGACCAACAGCGACGACAAGGCCUGCCAGGGGCACAAAUGGACGUUGAAGUCUCUGUGGCAGUUUCUUGGUUCAAAGGGAGUCAACACCACUCUGAUCUGGGAGAAGAUUAAAGACAUCGUGAUCAAAACCAUCAUCGGGUCAGAACCGUACGUGAACAGCCUGCUGAAGAUGCACGUCCGGGCGCCCUACAGCUGCCACGAGCUGUUCGGCUUCGACAUCAUGCUGGACGAGAAGCUCAAACCCUGGAUCCUGGAGGUCAACAUAUCGCCAAGCCUCCAUUCCAACACGGCGCUGGAUGUUGCGGUUAAAGGUCAGAUGAUCAGAGACCUCCUGAACCUGGCGGGCUUCCGUAUUCCCGAAAAAGAAGACGUGGUCGCUCCCUGCAGUAGCGCUUCCAGCUCCACCAGCAGUCUGUGUGUGGGGACCAGGGAGAGGACCAAGCCAGUGUCUGCUGAUGAGAAGGUCAAACGGGCCUUUUACCUCGCCCGGCGCUACGCCGACCAGGACUUCCUCUCCACGGCGCUGGACGUCUUGACCCCGGAGGACGUCCGCGUGCUGGCGGAGAGCGAGGACGAGCUGACUCGCCUCGGACAGUUCGAGCGCAUCUUCCCGUCGCCGGCGUCGUCCCGCUACCUUCGCUUCUUCGAGUGUCCGAGAUACCUCAACGUCCUGCUGGACCAGUGGGAGCAGAAGUACUGCGGCAGCAGGGCCAAAGGUAUCGGUCUGCUGACGUCUCUCUGUGAGAAAGGAGUCCAUCUGGGGACCAGUGACCCUCUUCACACGUGGUCCAAGAGUAGCUACAUCUCAAGUUUUGAGCCCCACAAAGAAAACCUCGUUGGUCCCUCCAGAUCAAGGGUGGUGGUCACCCACCAGCACCGCUCCCAUCCCGACGACUCCGACGAGGGUUCGGACACGGAGACGGCCUCGGUCUCCAGCUCGCCCACGUCUCCGAGUCCCGGGUCCAGUGGGACCAGCAGCGCCCGUGCGAGCCCUCAGCCCGGCCUCGCCCUGAGCCUGCUGCCCCAGCAGUUCGCUUCCCUCUGACACUCCCUCGGGUUUGCUCACGGCACCCAGAACCGACACACAGAGCUCAGGGUCUAGGACUUCACGUUGUUGUUACAGUGGAUUUUGGGGGGUUUUAAACAGAAUUGUGUUGAGCUAUCAGAAGGAGGCAUGAACAGUGACUACUAAAGGGUCUUUUUGGGGGUCAGAAAAUUGACUGUUUUGUCUUUUUUAGUGCUUAAAUCAAAAACUUUAACAACGAGGCAACGUUAAACGCAGUCGGCCGAUAAAGUACGAGGAGGCAGCGAAUGUGUAAGUGUUUGGCUCCCCGACGAACUCGUGGGCGGUACUUCGUCGUCAACGGCAACCUGCAACACUCACCACGCCAGAACAUGAGCGGCUGUGCCAAUUUUUAUUUAUUUUAAAUUUGAUAUGAAACCCUCGGGAUCUCAUCCGCCUACACGUGUGUCGGUCCAUCGCGUUUAGCGUUAGCUUUAGCGUUAGCUUUAGCGUUAGCGUUAGCUUUCUGCCAGCGCUACCACAGAGACUCUUAACUGAUAACCAAUGACACCGGAAGGCCGUUUACUAAAAGACGUCACGAGACAAAAGAUCGGUCAUUUAACUUUCAGUUUAAAAAAAAAAAAAAACUAAACAAUUAGACUUUUAAAAAAGGGCUUUUUGUUUUUUUCUAGUGAAUAGAAUUAUAUAGAAUAUUUCUCGUGAGAUGCCAAAUCCAAAGUGUGUCAUUAACGCGAGCCUAACGUACGUCUUGAACACAUUAACCGUGAGAGUUGAGUUAGGAUUCAGUGUUUGCUGUGUUUGAGGGUGAAGAUUUGUGACGUGUGUAUAUCUGCUGUGAGGACACGACUUGAAGGGUUUUAGGGGGCGCACUUUUUGAUCUAAAAGCCAACAUCUAUAACGGGCGAUAACUUGGUUAUGUUGUCCGAUUCCACUUGAACGCACCGCCGUCACGCUGCUUCUCAGAGUACAUAUUAUACUUUACUGAGUUAAAUAACAAUGUUUGAAGUUGUUAGGGGUUUUUUUUUAACAUAAAGGAAAUGUUCAAAGUCAGUGGAGAUGAUCAUAUUUUUUACUAACCUGGCAAUUGUAAAAAAAAAAAAA